AUGGGUCUGGCAGUUCGUCUGGCACAGGCAAGUGCAGAGGAGGAGCUGAUUUCUCUGCAACGGGGCAUAGAGCAGAAGAAGCGUCAACUCCGAGUUCUGGAAGAGGAGGCCGGCAACGUGGCACGGCCGCAUUUUGCAGCGGCCAGCGGAACACCGCGAGCUGUGAAGGGCGAGCCUUCCCCGCAGGAGAGGCUACAUCCGAUGCUGGAGGGUCGCCUCCUGUCUGGUCUAGCGCCGCCACCAGCCCCGCCACCGUUGGAUGCUGCACCUCCUCCGGUCUUCGGAGACGAUUCGAGUCGUGGGAGAAUCAGAGCACCGGCGCAUCCUGCACCAUGCGCAGGAACGUCAGACCGGGGUUUUCCCACAAGAAGCACUGCAGAGGCUGCCGUGGGUGCGGAUCCGCUGCCAGAGCUCCCCGUCUUCAGCUCUUCUGACACGGGACUUGGCGUCGGCCUUCUUCGAGCGCCUCCGCCUCCACCUGCACCACCUCCCAGCAUCGCUUUGGGAGGCAGCCACUCCAGCGGACCUUCCGCGUCCCCGAAAGGAGCAGAUCGAGCGCGCGGCUCGAUGCCGGCAGAUUUCAAGAAGGAGGCAGCUUCUCCGGUCGGAGCGGCUGGCAUGGCGACUACCGAGGAACUCGGUCAGGCCAUGAAGCAGCUGUUCCAUGCCUUUGCCAGUCGAGCCGCGGGGUCCGUGGCCAAGCCUGGAGGCGGCCGUGCCGGGCGCGUCGCGCUGGGCCUCCAGGACUACCUACGCAUGGCACAUGCCUCCCAGCUUCGACUCUCUCAGGGCGAGCUGGAGGUCGUGUUUGCUGAAACCGCCGAGCGCUUCGGCAGUCCUACAAACUCUGGCGAGCCAGCACUGGCCUUCGAGCUCUUUGUCGAGCUGCUCGUUGAAACUGCUAGAAGGCAGUUUACGGACCUAAAGGACACAGAAUCUGCAGCUGCGCUCUUUGAGGUACACUUGCUCCCCCUGGCACGCCGACUGCGACGCCUUGAACCUGACCCUCCGUGA